AACAGUGUUUUUAUGUGCCUUGUUAAAGUUGGGUGGACUAUGGUUUGCACCGAUGAUGUUAUUGAUUUCUUGUGUGGUCUGAGCCUCACCCCGCUCUCUUUUCUCAUAUCCAAGCGUAACAUGAAGAGGAACGGCAGCCGCGGCUGUGUGACCAGGAAGACGCGGUUCGGCUCACGAGAGAGGGAUUGGCUCAAGGGGGAUGCCCAGCGUGGCUGUGUGUGUCUCUAUGGGCCCACUGAGCCCCAGGCACCAGUCCCAGGGCCUCAGACCACGUCUACGGCACAGCCGGACCUCAAACUGGUUCUGUGUUCAACCAGCACCACAGCGGAAGAGCUGUGUGCUCAACGUGACGGCAAGGGCCUGUACCUGCAGCUGCACGGAGACCUCAUCAGGAGGCUGGACUCCUCUGAGCGGCCUCUUCAGAUGGUGUAUGACUACCUGACCACCAUGGGCUACGAUGACCCUCUGCGUGUGCAGCAAGAAGCCGCCAACUCGGACCUCAGCUGCAUGAUCCGCUUCUACAGUGAGCGUCCAGUGAACGCAGACCAGCAAGAGCGGACUCUACUGAAGGGUGUCUUCAGUGUGCGAAAGGGCAAGACGCAACUUCACAAAUGGGCGGAGCGGCAGGUCAUCCUAUGUGGCACGUGCCUGAUCGUGGCCUCCGUCAAAGACAGCCUGACGGGCAAGAUGCACAUCCUACCCCUGGUCGGAGGGAAGGUAGAAGAGGUGAAGAGGAGGCAGCACUGUCUGAUGUUCAGCUCUGCCGGCCCCCAGGCCCAGACUUACUACGUAAACUUCGAUACGCUGGCCGAAUACCAGCACUGGCAUCGGCAGGCUUCCAAAGUCGUCUCUCAGACCAUCAGCCUGGUGGACCUGUCUUGCUACAGUCUGGAGGAGGUGCCUGAAUACCUUUUCUACAGCCAAGACGUCACACAUCUCAACCUGCGGCACAACUUCAUGAGUCUGGAGGGUCCUGGAGGACUCUGCAACUUUGACCGGUUCGCCCAGCUGAAGAGCCUGAAUCUGUCUCACAAUCGGCUAGGUGUGUUCCCUGAGUCCGUGUCUGAGAUCCAGACCCUGUCUGAACUCAACCUCUCCUGCAAUGGGCUCAGCUCCAUUCCACCUUGCAUUGGCAACCUUCAGAGCCUCCAGACACUCUGUCUGGACGGGAACCACUUGAACUCGCUGCCCGAGGAGCUGGGCGGCCUGACGCAGCUCUGCAGCCUGGGGCUCUCUUUUAACAAUUUCCCCGACAUCCCUGCUGUGCUGGAGAGGCUUGGUGCCAUGGACAAGCUGGCAAUGGCCGGGAACCGAGUGGAGGCCCUGGAGCUUAGCGGCCUGCUGCGGAUGAGCCACGUCAAGAGCAUCGACUUACGGCUAAAUGGGCUCCACUGUGUGAAGAGCGAGACUCUGGAACCCAUAAAGCAGCUCACUCAACUGGACCUGAGGGACAACCGGCUGACUUCGCUGGACCUGAGUGCUGCCUGCAACCUUGAGACCCUGCACUGCCAGCGCAACCAGCUAGAGACGCUCACACUCAGCGGCUUUGCACUGCGCACUCUUCAUGCCAGCAACAAUCGUCUGGCCACAGUAAACGUCUAUCCAGUUCCCAACCAACUGACACACAUGGACCUUUCAUGGAAUCUUCUGGAAUAUCUACCAGACUGGGUGUGCGACAGCAGAAAGAUUGAGGUGCUGGAUGUUUCCCAUAAUCUGCUGCUGGAGCUGCCGGCCAGGCUGCUCAGUGGCCUGAGUCUGCGGAAGCUACUGGCUGGCAGUAAUGCACUGCAGAAACUGCCCGACCUACUUGACCACAUCCCACUGGAAGCCCUCGAUCUGCAGCACAACAAGCUUGGCGAGCUCCCGGAGAGCUUCUUCUACAAGGCCUUAAACUUAAAAUACCUGAAUGUGUCAGCCAAUGCACUGGAGACAAUCCCCCCAAGUAGCCAAUCAGAGGAGAGCCUUAGCACCCUCCAGGAGCUGUACCUUACAGAAAACAACCUGAAUGAGAACUGCGCUGCCCUGCUGGUGGGACACCAGAACCUGCGGGUCUUGCACAUGGCCUAUAAUCAGCUACUGUCCUUCCCUGCAAGUAAGCUGAGUAAGCUCGAGUUACUGGAGGAGCUGAAUCUGAGCGGCAACAAGCUGAAGACCAUCCCCUCCACAGUGUCCAGCUGCAAGAGGCUGCAUACCCUCAUUGCACACUCCAAUCACAUCAGUGUCUUCCCUGAGGUCCUUAACCUGCCUGAGAUUAAGCUUGUGGAUGUGAGUUGCAAUGAACUCACAGAGAUCCUGCUGCCGGACUCUCUGCCUGCCACACUCCAGGAGCUGGACCUGACAGGCAACAGUAGCCUCAUGCUGGAGCACAAAACCCUCAAUCUGUUUAGUCACAUAACAACGCUGAAAUUGGACCAGAAGCCAUCCCUAAAUGCAGGGGACUCCCAGGGCACAUCAACAUUAUGGGAUCAUGGCUAUGCUGAGAUGUGUGGCCAGAGGAACAAGUUAUGUGUAUCUGUGCUAGCAGUGGACCGUUUUGGGGACAGCAUGGAGGCAGCUUACGGGAUCUUUGAUGGCGACCGUAAUGAGGAGGUUCCUCGUCUGCUCCAGUGCACCAUGGGGGAUGUGCUCGCUGAAGAGAUUCAGCACAGCGGUGUGGACAGUGUGUAUAUGUGCAACACUUUCCUCACCUCACACAGAAAGCUGGGGAUGGCCGGACAGAAACUGGGGGCGUCAGCUCUGCUCUGCUACAUUCAUCACGAGUCCUCAGAGCCGGGCAGCUACUUCGGCCUGACUGUGGCCGACGUGGGCACCUGUCAGGCGGUGCUGUGCCGUGAUGGCCAGCCGCUGGCCCUGUCCAAGGUCUUCAGCCUGGAGCAGAGUGCCGAGGAAAUGGAACGGGUCAAAACCGCCAAGGCUAUAAUCACUGAGGAUAACAAGGUCAGUGGUGUUACGUGCUGCUCUCGCCUGCUGGGCUGCUCCUACCUGUCACCCUGGGUGUUGCCCAAGCCCUGGGUGCGCACCGAACCGCUGUGUUCACAGGAUGAGUUCCUGAUUCUCGGGAACAGGGCACUCUUUCAGCGCCUCUCCUACCAGGAAGCAGUGAAGACUGUGCUGGCUGUCCGAGAUCCCCGAGCUGCUGCCAAAAAGCUCUGCACCCUGGCCCAGAGCUAUGGGUGCCGAGACAAUGUUGGGGCAGUGGUGGUGGCCCUUCACAUAGGUGAGGACAGCUGCACCUGUGAGCCUCCUCUCAGCACGAGUGAUAUCCGAGGGACGCCUACACCUAUCACUGUCCCCAUAUCUGUGCCACCUGUGGACCCAGCCACACCUUCCUCGAGCAGUGGGAUUGCCUCAGAGUUCAACAGCGAGACGUCUGCCUCAGAGGUAGGCAGUGAGGCUGGGUCAACAGCAUCUGAUGAGCACCCCUCUUCGGGGUCGAAUGCACGACCAGAGCGCCGCUGCAGCCUGCACCCAGCAGUCACUCUCUGCAAUACUGGGGGUCCAGCUGGCAGUCUAGGACCUGGAGCUCACCCAGCUCUGUUUCAGCGCCAACCGUCCUCCGCCACCUUCUCCAGCAAUCAGUCUGACAAUGGCCUAGACAGCGAUGACGAGGCUCCACUAGAGGGUGUUAUUUCCAACGGGAGUAAGCUUGAGGUGGAGGUGGACAUCCACUGCUGUGCUUUCCAGCUCCGCUCUGGGCCUCCUGACAGCCCCAAGGAGGUGGACCUCCGCCAUGACUCCCGGGGCUCCGAUUUCAACAACAGUAAGGUGCGUCGGCAAAACAGCGUGGUGGUCUCGACUACUAACGGCUGCCUUUUGGCUGUGUGCGGAAGAGAGAUCUCAGAUCUAAAGAAGUCUCCAUCUACUUCCAGCCUCUUUGGGAAGAAGCUCUCAAAUGGCUCUGUAGUGGCACCAGAGGACAGUCACAACAUCAUCGAGGUGGCGCUAGAAGCCCCCAAGAAGAAAUCUGGCUAUUUUGCAGCGCCUGCUCAGCAGGACCCUGAGGAUCAGUUAGUUGUCCCUCCAAGCCUGGAACAAGAUGUUCGCGAGCAGCUGAGGGGCCACAGUCCUGUCAUUCCAGGACCACCACCUCCCUCAACACCUCCCACAAACAGAGAUCCAAACUGGGACCACCCUCAGCCUGGUCUCCCUCCCGCUACCUUUCAACAGGAGGUCUAUGACACUGCGCUAUAAUGGAUGCUACAGCACAGCACCCUUUGAGCAUUUGUGUGACAUAGUGCCAUAUUGUGCAGGCAGGUGUGACUCAUCCUGCUACCUGUGGAAUAUUCCAGUUCCUGUUCAGCUGUCAUAGUGUGUGAAGCCCUGCAUGUGCUUAUGUGGUAACAUCCCACCAACCAGGACUGUCUGUGGUCUGUGGUGAAUCUGAGGAGGAGCAGACAUGUACAAUUGGAAAAGCGUACGCAUUUCAGGACCAAUGAAAAGAGGUCUUGGUAAAA